GGGAGUCUUAUUUGGGAAGUUUCUCAAAGUUUAGAGAGAGAGAGAGAGAGAGAGAGAGAGAAUGCUGGGAAGAGUAAGACGGUCAACAAUUAGCUCGCUGGAGCAACUGGAGUCGGAAAGGCCAUCAUCGAAGCUCAUGAAAGCUGACUCUCUCUCCAUCUACGAGACAACCCUUAUGAAGCUAAGGGAAGGCUCUCGACGUGAUACAAGCUUUCCUGCAGAGUGUUCAAUAGAUGGAAAUAAUCAUUGCCUUACUUCAGGUGGUUCACCUAGAGAGGAGGCAUCAAUAACCGAUGCUGAUUCAUCCAGUGAAAAUCUUGAAGAUACAAGUGGUUGUCAGCCCACAGGCUCCUCAAGAGAAACAAAGAAGAGCAACUUCUCUCUUGCUUAUAUGUUUUCCAGGUAUAGAAGUUCUCAGUGUGCUGGAGGCACAGCUGAUGAGGAUCCAAUGGUCAUUGAAGAUAGUAUCUGUUCUGCAAACUCUUCACUUAGCCCUAACAAUUCUCAGUUGAUGAGCAGCUCAGUACAGACACUGUCCGCAAUACCGGAACACAUUUGCUCCCCUAUGAUUUGAGUUAAGAUCAUGUCAUAAGUUUUCUGAUAAAUGUGGAAGAAUGGUUGUUUUGCUAUCAUGGUGGUCCUGUUGUUA